AUGCUUGUGUACAAAGAAAUGGAGUGUGAAUGCCACAAAAAAUCAAAUCAAAGGUUCUUUGCCUGGAUCCCUGAAAGUCUUAUCAAGAAGCAACGAAUAGGUCCGGUCCUUGCAACAACAAUGCUUGUGAUGCUUCCUUCUUCAAGAUGCCCCUGGCCCUGUUGUCUAUUCUUUGAGACCGAUCUAAGCAUUCUGAGAAACAAAUUGAUGGAGCUAGAAUUAGGACUCAAGAUCACACAAACUCAAGAUGAUAUCAGCUCCACGGCCGAUCUUCGCAUUGCAAAGGAUGGAGGCGGAAUUGUUUUCUUGUCUAGAGAAACCGAAAACAUGUUCAUCCUCACUGCCCAUCUCAGAGGAUACAGAAGAGAGCACAUUGACAUAAACAUAAAUGAAGACGGAACUCGCAUAACGAUCAUUGGAAAUAAGGCUGUGCAGGAGAAGGUGAUGCUCGGGUGGAUUUUGUACAAAAAGGAGGUGGAACUGAGAGGGUUUAAGAAGGCUUUUAAAAUUCCAGGAGGCGUGGUCUUGGACAAGAUCAAGGCAAAAUUCGAUGAAGACGGAGCAAUUCUCACGGUUUUCAUGCCCAAAAUGGUUCAGGGAGUUUCCGGGCAUGCAAUUGAGGAAGUGGAGGAACCAGAGGAUGAUCGAGGUCAUAUGACAAAGACGGACUGUAAAGAGGUACCUGGAGUUAUUGAAGAGCCUCAGAUUGAGUAUCCACGUGAUGAAGUUGAGCAACAAACAAAAGAAGAAGCAGAAGGAGCGGCUCGAGAAUCCGAGUUACCGCAUACAUCAUCGGCAAGUCAACGACUUCCCGCCGAAGGUCCAGUGCCAAGACCAUUGCAAAAGGAGGAAACUGAAAUGGGGGCUCAGUUAACAAAAUCUGAAGAUAAUCAACAACCGGGGAAGGUGAUUGCAUCUCUUGAUGCUGAACUCAAAGAAGGAGACAGUCUUAGGCAAGAGGAAACGAGUGACAUAGGGAAUGAGGUUCAGAGCGAAUCUCCCAAGGAUGACAAACAUAGAGAUGUCAGUGAAAACACGGCCUCAGUGAAGAGCAAGCCAAAGAAAAGCAAGAAGAUAUGUGCUCCUGUUGUUGCUGGGUCUGCAUUACUAGUCUCUCUUAUAGUUCUUGCUAUUCACUUGAUUAGGUCCAAGAGAUGAAUAAUUAUAAGCCUCUAUAAAUCUUUCAUCUGAUUAUUUGAUUAUUGAAACUAAUGCAGGAAGUAGUUCAUGCCACUGACCAGAGUUGGCAAAUGCAUAAAACUGUUUCAUGUAACUACCAUACCAGAUACCGCAAUAAGGUAGCAAGAUGAAAUAGAAAAUAUGUCCAUGUCUACAAUACUUGGUCGAGUACUUCAAAGAAUGGACUGAUGGAUAGUUCAUGCUUC